GUCCUACUACAAUAUACGUAAGACCCGGUACUGGAAAUGACAUCAAGACAUAUUUCAAUCUGUACGGAAAUAGCCACAACUCUGAUCAACUUAGUUAUCUUUUAGUUGGUGGUUUUUCCACACCGCUUUGUUUUUCACUUAAUAAAUCGCCGGAAUGAACUAUGACCUUGAUAAGCCAAUAAAUUUGAUUUAUUAAUGCUUAGGAUGAAAAUUUAUAAGCUCAUCGGACAUGUCUGUUCCAUGUCAACCUUAGCAUUGAACUAAAUGUGUAAGAACCAAAGCUAUGAAUACAUUUUAAUGUGGGCCAUGCGACACAACAAUGAUAGAUACAAAUCUGAUGGAUUCACGAAUAUUUCCAUUGUUACGGAACCCCCACAGCCGAAAGGAUACCACACCGAAAUCGAAAUAGAAGCUUUGGUAGUCAGUUUGAAUUUUUCCAUCGGAUGGUUCACAAUGAACUUUACCCGCGUCUUGUGGUUGGCAUUAAAGGGAAUCCUUUAUCUGGUGACAUUUUAUCACUCGUUGCCUUUCGUUGGAAGUGUCACCCUCUCUAUGCUAAACAGCUAUGUGUCCUCAUCGGUCUCCUUCAAUUUGGAUACAAUUUAUCUAAACUGGAAUUCCACCUUUCCGGCCAUUACGGUGUGUGAGAUAUACAAUGCCGAACGAAUUUGGGACUUGAGUGACUCACAUUUCGGCCCGGAACAUGAUAUGCACGUGGAUGAUUUUAUAAGCGAAAUUGCCUUUUACCGGGGGGUCUGCAGCAGCUGCGAUGAUUGUGCCAAGCUUCGGUGUCCAGCCAACUUUACUUUUUUAGUAGAAAUGUUUCGCACCAAGUGCCCGGAGUUGCUGGUGAACUGUAGUUACCUUAACGAACUUUUCGAUUGCUGUGAACAGUUCCUUCCCGUACCCACCGAAUACGGACUAUGCUACUCCUUUAACUCUCAUCAGGCUCGGAAGGUGUCCCAUGUUCAGUACACAAAUAACCGGAUAACGGGUCCGGGUCAUCUCAAUUUUAAUGCCGCCGCGGAUAUCCAGUUGUAUGUUCACGCUCCCAUCGAUGUGCCAUAUCAGCUGUCGGAAGGUAUGAUCCGUGAAACAGUCCUUCUGGGCCAUGACAAGGAGCUCAUACUUAACGUCAUCGAAGUGCAUAAUGACGAGAGUGUCCAGGACCUGAGUAUGGAACAGCGACGCUGCCGAUUUGCAGACGAACACGUUCCCGAUAGACAGGGCAUAUAUGAGUUCUACAGCUACUCCAGCUGUGUUGUGGAGUGCACUGUGCUGCUCCAGCUGGCGAACUGCAACUGCACUAGCCACUUCAUGGCGGUUCCGGGACGGAACUCAUUACCCGUCUGCGACUACCGCGGUCUCAUCUGUUUAACCAGAAUCCGUGACAAGAUCAUGACGGAGCGCAAGUCUUGUGAGUGUAUGAGCUCCUGCGAGGAGCCGGAGUACAACAUUAUUUAUAACUCUGCCGAUGAAGACGAUGAGGCGUCGAAUGAUCUUUCGAAAAUCCGAGUGUCCCUGGUGGAGCUACCCACCCAGCGUUAUGUUCGACGAGUAACCAAAACUAUUUUGGACUUCCUCAUUUCUCUUGGUGGCCUUGUCGGUCUUUUUUUCAACACAUCAGCCCUGCGAAUUGUGGAGGCCGUGGUAUUGACCAUAAGAUACAGAAAAGUCAUAGUUAAUUGGAUUAAACGGUUUUUUCUUGGCACGAUUAAAUAUAUACAGAUCUUGGACCAGUCGAAGUAA